AUGGGCAAAGAAGAACCGAAGAAGAGCGCAAAGCAGAAGCGCCAGGAGAAGCAGGAGAAGAAGAAGGCUGGCAAGGAGGACAAAGAGAACGAAGGGGAUGCUGGAGCUGAAGAUGCUGCCGCUGCCUUGAAGAACUUGAGCACUUCGACUGUCUCCAAGUCCGUCGCAAACAAAGAAGCUGCUGCUGCCAGAAAUGUUACUGGAGAGCUUGGAUCGAACCCUCUCUCAAGGGAUUUGAAGAUCAUCUCCUUCUCUCUACAGCUGUACGGCAAGCGCUUGAUCGAGGACACCACUCUGGAGCUCUCGUACGGAAACCGCUAUGGUCUCAUCGGUUCAAACGGGUCCGGGAAGUCUACUUUCCUGACUGCCCUGGCCUCUAGAGAGCUUCCGAUCCCCGACCACAUUGAUAUUUACCACCUCGAGGAAGAAGCUGAGCCCAGCGAGAGAACUGCUGUGGAGGCUGUGGUGGACGUUGUCAGAGAGAAGGUGGAGAAGUUGGAGAAACUCGCUGAGAUGGUUCUUGAGAGCCACGGGCCUGAAGCAGAGAUCCUCCAGGACAUCUACGAGCGCAUCGAUCGUAUGGAUCCGUCUACCUUUGAAGUCCGCGCGACCGAGAUUCUCAUUGGUUUGGGUUUCUCGCACGCUUUCCUCCAGAAGAAAACUCGAGAUCUGUCCGGAGGAUGGCGUAUGCGAGUGUCACUUGGCCGUGCUCUGCUAUUGCAGCCUGUGCUUCUUCUCCUGGACGAGCCCACGAACCAUUUGGAUAUGGAGUCCUGCUGCUGGUUGGAGAGCUACUUGGCAAAGUAUCCUGGAAUUCUUGUUCUUGUCUCUCACUCGGAAGAUUUCUUGAAUGGAGUUUGCUCCCACAUCAUUCACUUGACGUCUAAGAGAAAGUUCGUCUACUACGGAGGAAACUACGAUUCUUUUGUCAAGACAAAGAGGGAGAAUGAUGUCAAUCAGAUGAAGCGCUAUGAGAAGGAGCAGGCGGACAUCAAGCACUUGAAAGAAUUCAUCGCAUCCUGUGGUACAUAUGCCAAUUUGGUGAAGCAGGCUCAGUCGAAGCAGAAGAUUAUUGACAAGAUGAUGGAGGCUGGACUCACCGAGAAACCUGAGAAUGAUCGCAGCAUCAAGUUUCAUUUCCCUGACUGCGGAUCGAUCCCUCCUCCCGUCCUCGCGAUCAACGAUGUCUCCUUUGCGUACAGUGGCAAAGAAGAGGACAUGCUCUACAAGCACCUGGAGCUCUCUGUGGAUCUCGACUCUCGCAUCGCUCUCAUCGGUCCCAACGGAGCAGGAAAGAGUACGCUGCUGAAGCUGAUGUACGGGGAGCUGAGCCCCACCAGGGGAGACGUGAAGAAACAUUCGCAUCUUAAGAUCGCCAAGUUCCAUCAGCACUCGGUGGAUCAGCUGGACGAGGACAUGACGCCUCUGGAGUACAUGAACUCUCAGUUCCCUGAGAAGAACCUGGAGCUCGAGGCAUGGAGAAGUCGCGUCGGGAGGUUCGGAGUCUCCGGUGAGAUGCAGACAGCGAAGAUCAAGUACAUGUCGGACGGACAGAAGUCUCGCCUCGUCUUCGCCUAUAUCGCCGAGUGCAAUCCGCACAUCCUCUUCCUUGAUGAGCCAACCAACCAUCUUGACAUGGAGUCGAUCGACUCGCUGGCGGACGCGAUCAACGAGUUCGCGGGAGGCAUGGUGCUGGUGUCGCACGAUUUCAGGUUGAUCGGCAAGGUGGCUAAGGAGGUUUGGUUGUGCGAGAACAAGAAGGUUGAGGUGUGGAAGGGAGACAUCCUCGAGUAUAAGAAGAAAUUGACCAAGGAUAUGGAGAGGAAGGUUAAGGCUGGGCUCACCACCCCGCAGUGAGGAGCUGGUCUUGACGGUUACUAACCGCCUGUUAUUGGUUAGAGUGUAAUGAAGUACAUUGACUCGUG